AUGGCCGACCAGGGCUUGGGGCAGUAUCUCCAGGAUAUCACCACCUACCUGAUUCUCCUCAUCAUCAUUGCUACAAGCGGCUCGCUGCAGUUUGGCUACCACUUGGCCGAGCUGAACGCCCCCCAAAAUGUCAUUACCUGUCACGAAACGUCGACCCCAAAUGUGGUGUCUCGAGUCGUAGCGACCUUGCGAGGACAGCCAACAACCCGCUCAACGAGUCUCCCCGAUUGUAUCCCGAUGGACGAUGCCGCCUUCGCGACUAUCACGGCCAUCUUCACGCUCGGUGCCCUCCUGGGUGCCCUCUGCGCUGGGCCCUUCUCCUCCCGCCGAGGUCGACUCCCCGCGAUGCGCAUCACCGCCAUGCUCUAUACGGUCGGCUCGCUGAUCGAGACCCUGUCCGGGAGCGUCCUAUUCAUGUGUGUCGGUCGGUUCCUUUCCGGUAUUGCUGCUGGAGCCUCGACCGUCAUCGUUCCAUUAUACAUCAGCGAGGUGGCCCCGCCAAAGGAGCGUGGUUUGUUUGGCGCCAUGACCCAGGUGUCUAUCAACGUCGGAAUUCUCAUCACCCAGACGCUUGGUUACUUCUUGAGCUACGGUAAUAGGUGGAGGUUGAUUCUGGCCACCGGUAUCUGCAUCGGUGCAAUUCAGGCCCUGGGAUCUGUGUUCCUCACGGAGAGCCCGUCGUGGUUGGCUGCGAAUGGGAAAGUCACGGAGGCCGGGCGAACCCUGCAAAGGAUCCGAGGCAAAGGCGUCAACAUUCAAGAGGAGGUGGCGGGCUGGGGCCAGGAAGGAGAGGAAGACAGUGCCAACGAAGAGGCCCGGCUCCUCGCUCAAGAGGAUGCUCCCGCAGAGCCAUCCAGGGUGGUGAUAGCUUCGACCGUCCACCAUGGUUUCGCCGAUGUUCUUCGAGAUCCCAACACCCGCCCGGCCAUUAUCGCCGUGGUUGGUGUCAUGUUCACCCAGCAGCUCUGCGGUAUCAACUCGAUCAUCAUGUACUCUGUCUCACUCCUCGCCGACCUUCUUCCCGUCUCCUCGGCCCUCCUGACCAUCCUGAUUUCGGUGGUCAACCUCCUCACCACAGUUGCUUGCUCGCCCCUACCUGAUAGACUGGGACGCAAGACGUGUCUGCUCAUCUCCAUCAUCGGCCAGGGCUCUAGCUCUCUCGCUCUCGCCCUCUCCAUCGUAUUCGGCGCCAAGGUUCUCUCUGCAUUCGCCGUCCUAUUCUUUGUCGGUUUCUUCGCGGUUGGUCUAGGGCCCGUACCUUUCAUCCUUGCUUCCGAGCUUGUUGGGCAGGAAGCUGUGGGCGCCACGCAGAGCUGGGCGUUGGGAGCCAACUACGUCGCCACGUUCAUCGUCGCCCAGUUCUUCCCCAUCCUCAACACAGCGCUCAACAACGCUUUCGGCGGGCAGGGCUGGGUCUACUUCGUCUUCGCCGCCUUGGCUGCUGGCUGCAGCCUCUUCGUGCUUUCGCGGGUUCCAGAGACAAAGGGCAAGAAGGAUGCGGAUGAGGUGUGGGGUCGAGAGCGUCGCUUGGAGUGA